UUAUUCAAUUAUAUAUUUUUAUACACUUUAUUAUAUUCUUACACAAUUGUAUAUUCGUACAUUCUUAUAACAAUAAAUGCAUUUUGUAAUAGUAUAUAUUAAAAUUAUUUUUCAUACUUUUUACUACUAAACACGUAGCAGAUCCUGAGAUUAGAUUGUUCCUCGUGUCUAUGAGGGUAGUUGAGACACCUCUGCGUAUACGUCAUCGUCCAUAUUGCUCGUUCCGUUGGAAAACCUUCUUAUAGAUGUUUGUAUUUGUUCAUUGAUACGAAGCAUGUCAUUUAGGAUCACAUUAACGUAACGAUCGAUGCUACGCAAUUGAUUUUGUAUAUGAUUCCUAUCGAAUAGCACAAAAAAACAAAAACAGAUAAAUAUUAAAAGAAACACUGUUCGCGCGGGAACAUUCGAUCACGGUGUUUUCGGGUGUCGCGCGCGAGCGAGGAUACGGGCGGCUCGUUCGCUCGUGGCAUCCGCGUGGUCUCGCCUUCUAAAUCCACCCUAAGACGCUCGUGUACGCCGGGUGUCCUGGACCGAGCAGAAGCAUGAUGCUCCCGUUCGCGUUCAGGAUGCCGCGUCGCGGUAGUAAGUCGGCCUGAGAUAUCUGUGGUGUACAGAUCGCCGUCUCCGCGCCCUGCAAGUUAAGGCGGAAGCGCGUAUCCUCCAGUUCUCGAGUGCAUUUCUCGCAUAAUCUAAUCGAUAAAGAAUCCGCGGUGUGUGACUGCGGGCGACUAUCAUGAACAUCAUUGAAUUAUUUGAGUGAAAAGGCGAGGUGGUUAGAGGGUUGAUUUAAUCCAGUGGAACUCUCACUCUGGAUAGACGGAAACCCGUCAUUGUGUGCGACGACUGAAAUAAAGUGACGUUUCAUUCAAAAUAUCCAUCGCUUAUUUCAUUACAUGCCUAAAUCCGCUCGUCAUCAUCAGGUUCACGAGAUCCACGCACUCCGGACUCAGCGCUGAGUCAUUCCGGUGAAUCGAAUCGCAUACGCGAUUGAGUUAGAAUCGCCGCUUGCGCGCUUGCACAAACACUAAUACACAAAAAAAAAACGAUACGUUUUAUAUUCUUACAAUACCGCGAGCGUUUUAUCAUUACUAUCGAACGUUAUUUCAACCGACAUAAAACUCGGUAAAAAAUUCGUUCUAAUUUUAUCGAUACCCUCGUUAAUCUUUACGAUAACUUUUGCUAACGAAUCGGUAUUCGAGGCUAAGCUAUACAUUUUCCGAUUGUUGAUUGCAUUCACCACAUUUGUAAUAUUCGUUAACUGUUCCAUUAUAUAAAUAUAUGUGCACACGCCUCUUGAAAAAACGUUGAAACUCUGAUGUCAUCCACGACAACACCCGCUCUAUAUAUACGGUACGUUCGUAGUUGCGGUACGUUCGAAUUCCGUUUCCAACCGGAAAAUUAUAAACAAAAUCGUUGAAUCAUAAGGGAAAUGCGAUAUCUACUUUCAACCAGAAAACUGUGAGUAAUGUAUUUCUUUUCACGCAAAUUGCGACGAUACACUCGAAUCCGUAAGAUAACGAAAUUAUAAAUAUGCGAUGAUGCGCUUGAAUCCGUACGCUUUCUGCGGGCUUGCAUCCGUACCGUUUCCUACAUUUUGAAACCUCAUGACUACUAUGAGAAUAGAGGUAAUGCAAGGAUGCACUUAUUUCAUUUUUCCGUUGUUUUACUUAUAAAUACACGGUGACAUAAUUCUCUCGUUUCAUAAUUAGAUUUACAUUUACAAUUGUAUAAAAAUUUUGUAUAAAAAUUGUAAUCAAGUUUCAGCUAACCUCCAAGAGAAUACCCGUCCGAUUGAUGUUUUCUCGAACAUGUCAAGGGGGGAACCACAAACAAAUAAAAUGCCGCGUCGAUAAAUUGCGUCUCGCCAUUCAAAGUGUACACGCAGAUCUCGCAACAUCUCGAGGAAUGCGCGCCCAUCUCGUAGUCGCGAUCGCGAUCGCUAUCUCCGUUGUCUGUGCCCUUGCAAACGAAAACGAACGAAUCGUUAGGGAAAACACCGAAUUCGCGAUUAAUUAUCUACAGAAAUAUGGAUAUCUCAACGAGAAGAUGCAAUCGUUUGAAACCAUUGGCGAAUAGCGAAUUCUCCAAGACUCUAUCAGCCUUUUUCAAGAAUAUUAUAAAUUAUCAAUUACCGGCGAGGUGAGCAACGAAACCUUAGAUCAGAUGCGUAAACCGCGAUGUGGACAACCUGACAUUAUACAACAAAAUUCGAAUGCUAUCGGAAAUAAAUGGCCGCAAAGGCAACUCACGUGGAAUUUUCAUUUAGCAAAAAAACCAAUGUUAGAAACCGCCCGGGCCGCUUUUAAUUUAUGGCAAGCUGCAUCGUCAUUGACAUUCAAACAAAAUAUAUCACAUCCAAAUAUUUUAAUAUCAUGGCGCGACGGUAAUCACAUGAUGUUCGAUCGUCGAAAUGGUAACUUGUGCCCCUCUCCUUUGGAUGGUUAGGGAGGGGUACUCGCUCAUGCUGCUUAUCCAACGGGGCACGCAGAUUAUAUUUCCGAAAUUCAUGUCGACAGUAAGGAACAUUAGUAUAUUUAUCUAGAUCAAACUCCAGCGAACUUUGACAGUUUAUUAUAUGUGCUGACGCAUGAGAUUGGUCAUUCCUUAGGAUUGCAACACGAUCCACACACGGAUUCCAUCAUGUACGCCUACACAACACAUUAUUCUUAUUCUAUUAAACUAAGCGACGAGGAUAUUCUUAAUAUUCAAAAUCUCUACGGUAACUCGGCUACCGAAAAGUUGCCGAAUAAACCAAUAUCCCCCCCAAAACUUCCGGUACCAACACCAAAGGAUAUUCCAAACGAUCUGUGCGAAAUAAAACGCAUCAAUGCGAUAUUACUGUUGAGAAAACGAAUGUAUAUCGCGAGCGAAAAAUACGUAUGGUUGAUAAGACUGGACGAUAAAAAAUAUAAUCAACCACUAGCACUUUCUACUUAUUUGAAAUUUCUACCUCCGAAUUAUACGCGCAUUUCAGCCUCGUAUCAAACUCCGUCCGGCGAUAUAAUACUAUUCGUGGAUAAUGCUAUUUACAAAGUGAAUUAUCCGAGCUUCUCGUUGGAUACCAAUGGGCCAAGAACAUUUUCGGAAUUCGGAUUGCCCACAGAUGCGACGAUAAACGCCGCGAUAAACACAAAUCGGGGGCGCUCCUACGUGAUAUACAACGGAUACAUGAUCGGUGAGGUGGACGACUAUAACGGAAGCAUCGUUAAAUAUUAUACUAUUCAAACGAUCUUUCCGGGAAUACCGCCGAAUAUUACGUUAGCUUUCCGAUACCUCGACGGUAACUUUUAUUUCGUGUCGCAACAACAGAUUUACAAAUUUAACGAAUUUACGGAAAACGUACUCUCGGCGAGUAGGUUUGACAUACAAUCGAUCGGCAUCGCGAUACGGAUUACUGCAACAAUUGCGCGACCUCUUGCACAAAUUCACGCAAAAUACCGAAACAUUAAUGAGAAAGAGGGACAGCAAUUUAUUUUAGGACGCAUAAUCCAUAGAGAACGGUUAGUCUCGCGUAAUCCGUCUACCGAUACGCAACGUAAGAGCGAAAAUAAUCGACGAUGUAUUCUACGUUGGCGGAACGACAAUCCGAUACGUUCGACGAUGGUAAUGCGAAACGAAAAAAUUUAGAUUGGGCGAAUAAGGAAAAUACGAAGAGAAAACAAACAUUCAACAAUGUCAACGCGCGACCCGACCCUCCUCGCAUAUUGGCGAGACGAUACACGUUGACGAAAACAGGGUACAAGUACCUAGACAUCGGCAUCGUCGUAAAGUCACCAUCGUACGUGAACAUCGUACUCGGAGAUUGUCACGGAAAGGAAAUCUCAUUCACGGUCGACGAGUGGAAGGAACUGGUAAAACUAAAAUCUAUGAUAAUAACGACACUUCGCUUCAACAACAACAACAACACAUACGACAACAUGGAAUUACCUAUGGUUGGAAACAUUUUCCUGCGAGUUGGAAAAAUAAACAAUCUACCGAUUCUACGUUUGGAACAUCCCUCUUAUCGCUCUCAACCGUGAUUGUUAUGUUCGACCACGAUUACUGCAUCGAUCGCAUCGUUAAAGCGCUCUCCCCGGUGACGAAAAUCGUUGACGCGAAAGUCAAACGUUUCUAGGAAAUCAUCGUAAACGUUGACAAUCCCGCUGACGGUCCGCGCGCGAUCCGGGAAAGCGCGCAAUUCGAUAUCAACGACAUCGUCGAUUGCGAACUAGCCGUUAUCUGUUUCGGAUUCUUUUAAACAUACCGUUCUCGGUUUCGUAAUCUCCUUUGUUGUAAUAAAAAAAUUGUAUUUUUAAAUAAACAAAUAUAGCCUGUCUCUGCAAGCGUAUCACACACUUGAUUUUAUAUUACCCUAUAUUGUAAUAUUUCAUAUCUUUUCACUACGCUAGUGUAAGCUUCGAUUGUGAAAAAAAUAAACGUACUUUUCAAUCAUUAAUAUAUUUCUUUACAUUAAAUACAUUAAAUACAUAUUUCGAUUUCUUAUAUUUAUUCCACAUAUAAGAUACAUAUAACAUUGCGAAGGCAUUAUAUCAUUCGCGAUUACAAAUUAUCAAUCACCGUGAUAGAUAUCAUAUGAUGUAACACAUUAUUUUUUAUUCGAAACGUUAUAGCCGAAAGACGAGGGACCAGCAGCUUCCUGUACAGUCGCGUCGACUUUAUCGCUAUCCGUCGACUCGUCAAGGCGUUUUCGCUUCCUCUCCUCGGAAUAAUGAUUAUCGCUGCUGCCUCUGUAUUGAUCCCGUACCUUCUUCACGACUUCGGAUACCGUCAUCAACUCAUUCGCCACGACCUCGAAAAGCUCGCGCAAUAAUGCAAACUUGCGAUCCGUAUCCGACGAGGAAUAAAGAAAUUGCGCACGGAAAUUUCCACCAAUCGGACUUAUCUCUGCUCUUUAUAUCUUUGACCUCGUACAGACUCACGCGAACCAAACGGUCUCCGUUUUCCCCAGGGGUUCUCAUUACGAACACUCGCCCAUCCUUUACUCUCGUUACAUUCUGAGAUAUCAAACCGGUGUCCUGAUCACCGAACGAAUCGAAUAUCGCGUCGAUACCCCGCGUCUUCUUCUUGUUCUUCUUCUGAGAUUCUUCUACCUUCUGUUCCUCGGCGUGGAAAUCCGUCUGAGUAGCACAAUCCUCCAUAUCCAACCUUAUGAUGUAGCCUCGAACUUCGUUCAACCAAAAUCUGUACGCAUCCUCUGUCAUUAUACUCAGAACCAUUCGAGCGUACGUUUCGUUAGAAAUAUUUUGUCGAAUAAAGUUCUGCAUUUCAAUUCUAAAAUACACGGGAUCAAACGUACCCUUCGUGAUCCAUAAUUGAUAUAUAUCUUUCAGCAUACGUCUCAUCUCCAUAGCCUCGCAAAUUCGACGUGUCUCGCAUUCACAUUUUACGCUCUUGACUAACUCACAAUCGCAUUUUACAUUCUUGGCUCUAACUCGAUAAAGAUGCGAUGAGCAGCCUGAUCUUCCGCGUCGCCGAUACAGUCGGAUCCUAGAGUUCAGUCAACAGAUCGAUCAAUAAAAAAUAAGCCGGUGAAUCCACUCUACCCUCAUCAUACGAUUCGACAUCCAUAUCGUUUCUCACUAUACAACAAAUAUUUACACAUUUACUACAAACUAUUAUUGCAUAGGAUUGCUUUCAUUACCUACCUGCAAUAUACUCUGAGAGAAGCAACACCAACCAGUAAUAAGUCUAAAACUGUAGCAGCACUCUAAAUGCAAUCUCUUAUAUAUCUUCCAAUUUAACACACACCAUUCAAAACAAACCAAUAUUUUAUUCUACAUACAAACACAUUACCGCGUAUUGCGCACAUCCCGAGGAUAUUGAUUAAUAUUUAUACCACGCACAGCUCGAGAUGAUUCGAGAGAUGGGUCACGGGGGCUCGACCAAUUAGAAUUUGCCGAGUAAAGGACGACGAGAUGAAUCGCUCGUCGCGCCCGAACCCGAAUCCGUGCGGUAUCUCGGAGGAUGCGUCUUUCCGCUCGGCUUACGCAUCGUCGAAAAAAAAAAUAGAUCGCUCUCAUUCGAACAUGCGUUUCACCAUGGAUUUUUCCCCGUGCUCCUCGACGGGCUCGACCAAUUAAAAUUUGCCGAGUAAAGGCGACGAGAUGAGUCGCUCGUCGCGCCCGAAUCCGUGCGGUAUCUCGGAAAAUGCGUCUUUCCGCUCGGCUUACGCAUCGUCGAAAAAAA